GCGCGCAUCUUGGAUAACGAAUAUCAAUGCGUGUACAAAGGCAUGAAUAGACCGAUGUACUUUCUACAUGACACCGAGGUUCUCGAGCAAGAGCUGCGAAAUUUGGUGGUGUUUCAUGGCAGCAAGCGGAUCGAGCAGCUAUUUGCAGCGGCGGUAUCUAGCAGUUCAUACCACACCAGGGAAUCCGGCGCCGCACCUAUUCUUCGUGGUAUCCUUCUCGAAUAUCAUUCAAACGGUACGCUUCAUGAUAUAUUGCAAUCCCCGGAACCUUGGAUCAUCGCCAGUCCUGGUGGCUACAAUGGGCAUGGGACAUCUCAACGGCUUUGGCAUCCGUGCAUCAGUUGGGGGUGACGCAUAUGGAUCUAAAACCAAAGAAUGUGCUAAUUAGCAAGGAAUGGAAUGCUCUUGUCAUCGAGGUUGGGGGCGUUGGGGGCGUUGGGGGCGUUGGGGGCACCGCUGAUGAGUGGUUGCUACCAGAACUAUUUGAGUCGCCGGACAGGUGUUCAGAUACCUGGGAAUUGCGAGUGUAGAGCUAUACGUGGGCACGCAGAAGAAGAAGAAGAAGAAGAAGAAGAUAGGUUACUAUUACUUCAGAUUGCUCAAAAGGCUGAACAAACCCGUGGCCGGGUCUCUCUCGCCGCCAUUUCUGAUCGAUUCUCCCAAGUCAUCUUGGAACAGUAGUUAGGUUGACAAAUUUUGGGAGGCCGGGGUCAAAGAAUCCAUGCGUUUUAUAAAUGCUUUUUUUCGGAUUCUU